AUGGAGCUGGGCCCGGGGCCCUGCGCGCUGCCGCCCGCCGCCGGGGCCGGGGCGAGGGCGGCGGCGGCAGGGGGACCCUGCGCCGAGAUGCUGCAGGUGGCGGAGGAGGCCUUCCGCGGCGGCAACUUCGAGCUGGCGGCCGAGAUCUACGGCUCCGAGCUGGCGGGGCUGCCGCAGCCCGAGCGGGGCCUGUGCCUCCGUCGCGCCGAUGCGUUGGCCAGGGCCGGCCGCAUGGCCGAGGCGCUGGACGCCUACGGCGCGGCGGCGCGGCUGGCGCGGCUGCGGCCCGAGGAGCUGCGGGAGCUGGCGGAGAGCGUCGCCCUCAGCAUCCGCGACAAGGAGCUGCGCCUCCCGCCCUGGGGGAGCGGCGCGGCCGGCGGCGGCGCGGCGGAGGGCGAGGGGCUGGGCGACCCGGCGUGCUGCCGCCCGCCCGAGCUGUUCGCCUGCCCGCUGUGCCGGCGGCUGCUGUGCGAGCCGGUGACCCUGCACUGCGGGCACACCCACUGCCGCCGCUGCGCCGAGCCCGGCGACUGCGGCCGCUGCCACCGCCCGCGCCGCCCGGCCGAGCCGAGCCCUGCCGCCGCCGCGCUGCCGCCGGCCGCCGGCCGCCCGCGGGUCAACGUGGUGCUGGGCAACCUGCUGCACAAGUGGUUCGGUGCCGAGAGCCGGGCGCGGCGGCUCCGCGCCGAGGGCGACGCGCUGCGGGAGCGCCAGGAGCUGCCGGCCGCCCUGGAGAAGUACAACCAGGCCCUGGAGAUGGCUCCUUGCAAGUGUUCAUUAAUAGCACAGCGGGCGGAGCUCUGUACGUUGAUGAAGAACUACCAGCAAGCUCUUCACGAUGCAGACAUCCUGUGCCGGAACAAACCCCACUGGCCCGCGGGCCAUUAUGUGAAAGCAAAAGCUCUUUCUGGAUUGGAAAGGACCGAGGAAGCAUUGAAGGAGUUUCUUUAUUGUGUUGCCUUAAAUCCUGAAUGGAGCUCAAUGAAGAAAGAAGCCCAAAAGAUAAUGUGUGAGAUGUUUUUCCCAGCCUUUGAAAAUGUGCAUGAUAGUCUAACAGCACCUUUCUCUAGUCGAACAUCCCAUACAAGAUUGAAACCUGCAUUUCUGAGUAGCAUAAACACACAGUCAGCUGUGGAAGAUAACUCUGUUGCUGGGUCCUCAAAGGAUACUAUGUUCAGGUUAACAAAAACCCCGUCCCAAGAAUCUGAUGUAUUCAGAAGCACUGAGUCCUCUGUUACCCAUCAUGUUCUGGAUCUCUACUUUGAUGAGAACAAGAAGUCUUUGGGAGCUAUUCUCUCCAGUUUACCUGGGGUUGGCUUAAAAAGAAAGCUGUCCAGUGAUACGAGGGAUUUGCAGAGUUUGGAUGUCCCCAAUAAGAUUCUUAAAAAAGAUGGAGAUGUUUUACCUGAAAACACCACUGACACUUCAAGUGAAAUACCAACAACUCUAGUGGAUGCAUCGGACUUUGAGUGUUCCCUCUGCAUGAGGUUGUUCUAUGAACCUGUUACCACACCCUGUGGACACACCUUUUGCCUCAAAUGCCUUGAGCGUUGCCUUGACCAUAAUCCACUUUGCCCGCUCUGCAAGGAAAAGCUGUCAGAAUUUCUGGCAAGCAGAACUUACAAGAAGACCGUCCUUACAGAAGAACUGAUAGUCCGUUACUUGCCAGAGGAAUUAUCUGAAAGGAAGAAAGUUUAUGAUGAAGAAAUGAAGGAAUUGUCAAAUUUGAAUAAAGAUGUUCCCAUCUUCGUAUGUACCAUGGCCUUUCCUACCAUCCCUUGUCCGCUCCAUGUCUUUGAACCUCGUUAUCGCCUAAUGAUAAGAAGAUGCAUGGAAACUGGUACCAAGCAGUUUGGCAUGUGCUUAGCUGAUGAAUUAAAAGGAUUUGCAGAUCAUGGCUGUAUAUUAGAGAUCAGGGACGUAAAGUUUUUUCCUGAUGGACGCUCAGUUGUUGAUACAGUUGGUGUCCGUCGUUUUAGGGUCUUAAGCCAUGGCCAGCGAGAUGGAUAUAACACAGCAAACAUCGAGUAUCUUGAAGAUAAAAAGGUUGAAGGACCAGAAUAUGAAGAACUUGUCCGCCUUCAUGAUUCAGUCUAUGAUCAAGCUGUUGCCUGGUUCACUUCACUUAAAGACAAUAUGAAAGUGCAAAUUCUCAAUCAUUUUGGAUCUAUGCCAGGAAAAGAACCAGAGCCACAGAGCAACCCCAGCGGUCCUGCCUGGUACUGGUGGCUCUUGGCAGUGUUGCCCCUGGAAAACAGAGCUCAGCUGGCUAUACUGGCUAUGACCUCCCUGAAGGAUCGUCUGAUUGCCAUCAGGCGCGUAUUGAUAUUUGUGACUCGCAAAAGACCCAGAUAACAUGGACUUCCGUUGUGAGUGGGCACCAAAAACAUCUCAUGACAGGUUGUUCUGGGGGAGGGCAAAAGGGGAGGGGUUGUUUUUUGUAUUUUUUUAAGAUUCCUUGAAAAAGGAACAGCCCUUUCUGACUGUGUCCUGCAUCCAUUGAUUGCAUUGGUUUGUUAUCUGGGUAUUCACCAAACCUUGCACACUCUCCUGUUGUCCUGGUGAAAACUGAGCCUCUGCAGAGCUGUGCUACAUUUAGAAUGUAGCUGAUGGAUGUGAAUAAUUGCUUCAAAGUACUUUGAUAGAAUUGAUGUUUCUAGUCAAGAGAGUUAAGUACUAGAGUAGUGCCAUUGGCCUGCAUGUGAUCUGAAUUUUCACUCAGUAGGAAGAGGAAACUGGACAGUGGAUUGAAGAGGUGUUUCCUAGACUUUCUUGAAGGUAGUGAAUAGAAGAGGAGUAAUGCUGCCCAACAGUAUGCAUGAGAACUACAACCAACAGUACUCUCUGUUAGUGAAUUGGAAGGCAGUCUGUCAUACACCCCCAUCUCUCUCUCUCUCUCUCUCUCUCUCUCUCUCUCUCUCUCUCUCUCUCUUCAGCAAAUAACAGUCUGAGGAAAAAACUGGUUAAGCUGUUUGUAGUCAAGGCAUCUGAGGAUGUUUAUCUGAAAGAAUAAUAGCUACUGAAUAAGCACACUAUUUGGUAGCCUUAGGUAAUCCCUCCUUUGUGAUUUACAUGUUGUAGCAGAAUAAGUAUAUACAAAAUAUUUUGGUUUCUUUGAAGAGAAAACCCAAAUCCUAGCCAGUCUUACCGCUAAAUUCAAACCAAGCCGCUCACUAAAGUAUAAUAAACACUGCUGUGAAAUAAUGAUUUCACCCCGAGUAUGAGGGAGGCGUUCUGCAGUUUGCUCUGAACACCUGCUCUGUGAGUGGAACCAGCAAGGAUGAAAGGUGGGGAGGUUUCCAUCUCCCUCCUUCCUGCAGUGUCAUGCUGACCUCCUGUUACGUUGGGGUGGUCUCUACUGAACGUGUUUCAAACCGAAAGUAUUGUAGUUAAGUACCAGUUGCUGUAUGUGACGGAAAUCAGUCCACAGUAACACCAUGAAAGGAGUCACAAACCGAACCUACAAAAGCACGUCUCAAUGCAAGCUUCAGUCAGGUGUUAAUCUUCAUUUGUCUCUUUGAUUAUUUUUUUAUGCAUUGUUUUGUUAAUCUCUAACAUUGAUAGCUAUUAAAUUGAUCGCUUGUCAGUCAAAUGAUCACCAUAUGCUCAACUGCCAAUGAAAUAACUCAGUGUUACCAAUUCAAUUGGCAUAGUUUUGUAUAACUAGAACUGAUACUACCAACAGGGAAAAAAGUUGACUUGAACCUCCAUGUGCUGCAAGCAUAGUAAGACCAAUGUAAAGACUUGUUCUUGUGCAGAAGUCUGGUAAGAAGAAAUGGCUGCUUACCUAAAUGGUCAAAGUGCCUGGUUUCUUUGUUAGUUUUUUUCUCCUUAUUUGUCAGUGAAGAGGUAUUUAAACUUUUUUUUUUUUUUCCACUUUGUACAUGAAUUCUGGAAGAAGACUGCAUUAAAAUGCAGUAAUUGGGAUAUAUUACCUGCUAUCUUUGGGUAUUGUAGUUAUAACCUCUGUGGUCUGGGAAACAAAAAUUCCAGUUUUUUUUUCCUUUCAGCAAAUGGCUACCACAAAUGGUUUCUGUAACAUACCCUGAAUGUACUGUAACUGCCUCUACCUUGAACACGCCUUUUCUAUUUAAGUGAUCUGUAAGUGUAUUCUCUGAAUUGUGAAGUGCGUAAUAUACAACCAAUGAUGUCAUAACCUCUAGAGUAGCCUUCUGCAAGUUCUGCUACCACCACCAAAAUACUCAAAAUUCAAGUUGAAUGCAUUUCCUCCAGGAUUUGAAGAUGAUGAAGAGGAAUUCACUGAAGUAUAAGGAAUUGUUGUAUUUGUGGGGAGGAAAUGUCAGAAGUCAGUAGGUCUUCAGCCAACUGUUAGCUGAGCUACUGAAGGAUGAUUCACAAACUAAUUCUCGGACCAGAAGAUGGACUGUAUUUGAUCUCGCAAUCCUUUCUGUUUAGCUUCCUGUUCUUCCCAUUCCUUUCCAUGCUGUGUAUUUCUUCAAGACUCAUUCAUCUUGCUUGUUUGUGUGUCUGGCCGAGUUUUGAGUAUUACUAGUUUAGCUGGAAGAGGAUGUUGAUGGUAUUUGUAUAUUGCUGGUCUCUGAUCUUAUAUGUGCUUAAUUUUACAGAUAGGAGUGCAUUUAAGAAAAAAAAAAUAUCAAGGUGCUACUAGUUAGUGUCUUCUUGGCUUUGCCUCAGUAAAUGUUAAUGUUAAUAUUCUUCUCUGCAAAAGUGAUUUUUUCCAGGUAUCUACUUUUGAGGUACUUCUGACAGAAAACCCUAUGAAAUGAGAGGUUGUUUACUGCUGUUUUGUAAUGUAUAAAGACAUUCUACAUGGGACGUGACAUUACUGUGUUCAUGAAGGCCUGCAUAGUUAAUAGAAUGAUUGUUAUUGAAAAGAAAGCUGAACUGUAGAGGGAUUUUUUUUUAGUCAAGGUUUAAAGCAGUUUGUCAAUAUUUCAAUGACUGAUGUUUUGGAUAAAUGAUAACAACAAAGGAAUUGUCUGUGUAUGGAUGCAAGUAAUAAUAUUAGCAGCCCAAAGCUGACAUUUCUUCCAAAACAUUGUAUGCUGAUCAAAUAGCAAAGCUUUAAUAAAUAGACAAAAUCACCACUGCCCUGUGGUACUUGGUUUUUAAGGGGAAGUACCAGUUUCAUUUUUACCAAAUCACCUCUGCCAUAUAAUAUCUGCAGCAUCCAGUAGUACCUCAUGGGAAAAGCUGUCUCGUUGCUCUCUAGAGGAAAUGUCCACGUUACAGCCAGUCUGUGCUUAGGUGUAACUUGUUGCCAAGGUACAUGUGGAAGCAUUGGAGCUGAGCUCCUGGAAGAGAUAGACAGGAUUUGUUGCCUUUCUAGCUCAUUAAACUUUUCUUGCUUGCUGUCCAAGCAAGGAUGCUGGGAUAUAUGAUGAGUCUUUUCACUGUGGUGAAUGUGGCCCUUCUUUAUACAUCGUAAAGAGGCCAAAAAGAAAAAAAAAAAAAAUCCCUCUACCUCUACACCUGUUGUUCACCUGUAAAAUUUCAAGCUACAAAAUGAUAUAUAUAUAUUUUAACUUUUUUUGUCUUUCAGAAGCAUACUAAUUGUUUGCCACUGAGGCCUUUUAUCUACUGUAUUUUAAUAUGUUCAUUUGAUAGUCAUCAAGAUCUCUUUGUACUUCUAACCUGUAGAACUUGUCAUGUUUCUUACUGCUCCUUUUUCCUUCUUCUCCAGUCCACUUUUAAAUUGAUAAAUAGAAAGCUGUACACUCUAUUCCUGUUACAUUUUACACUAGUGGAACUGGUAUUUUGGUAGCGCCUUAAUUUUGCAGUUGUGAAAUGAUUGUAUCAACUCUUAUCUGGGGCUUCUGACCAGAUGUAAAUGAGUAUGUUUAAUGUAGAUAAACUUGAAACCAUUUUUUACUGUUUUAAAGCUAGAAAUGAAAUGGAGUGUGUACAUAUGUAUAAAUAUAAAUUAUUAAUCUGCACCUUUUUGUAUCUAGUAAAUACAGGAGAAGUUCAUGUUCUAACCACAUUUGGCACUUCUUGUUGCAUAAACAAAGCCAAAACUUUUUUUAAAAAUUGCAGUGUUCAUUUCAUGUGUAUUUGCAAUAUUCAUGGGAAAUGUGUUUAAUUUAUGUGAUAUUUGGAAUAAACCAGGUUGAAUUUAUGUGA